UUCGACCCCAUCUCCAUUGCCGUGGGCGACAGCCUAUACGUCAUGAGCCGCAACCCUGGCCCGCGGCCGGAUCAGCACUGCUUCCAGGCUCUCAUCCACAGCCGCCCGCCUGCUAGUGCUAGCAACGCCAAAGACUGGUGCUGGUAUUCCCUCCAGCCACCGCCUCUCUUUGCCGAUGGGGUGGAAGUGGAAUCCAGCGGCUGCGACGUCUUAAUGCCCUUUAAAAUCAGCGCCUACACUGUGGUUGGCGAUUCACAGAUCUGGAUAUCUACAUUUGCCGCUGGCACAUACUUGUAUGACACCGUGAGUGACGCAUGGAGCAAAGUAGGCAACUGGGCACUGCCCUUCAGAGGUCGUGCUGAGUACAGCCCUGAGCACAACCUCUGGUUUGGCUUCACACCCAACGAUUUGCAGCUCUGCACAGCAGACCUCACUACCUCAUGUGAAUUGUGGCCGCCCAUGCUGCAGAAUGUGUGGACAGAUGUGAACAGGCCAGAAGAUUGGAGACUGAGAGAUGCGAGCAUUGUGCCGCUAGGAUCCGGUAAAGUCUGCAUUGCCAGGUUCUUUCUUACUAGGCCAGAGGAGAGCAUUGAGGAUAUGUCUGGCCAUGCCCUUGAGAAAAGAAAGAAUCUUGCUGUUCUUGAGGGCGUCAAAGUGUUAAAGCAUGGGGAGGCUCAGCUCCGGAUGGUUAAGCACAAGUCGGAGCGUUAUGUCUUUGGCCGUGACCUUGCCAUACCGCUGUGAUAAUUUGUACUUCCAUCUAUGGCAAGUGAGUUUUCUUAGAUCAAAGACCAGUGGCUCGCCUGUAUAUUGUCCUGCUUUCUAUCUGUCAGUUGUUGUUUCCGUACCCUACCGUUGUUGGUGCUUGUGCUUUUGUUAUGCAGUUUGUCGACUUGUUUUUACUGGCUCCAACUACGCUUGUGCCCUUACCCUUCGCCUCCAGCCGGUGAAUUAUUCUUGUGGGACAAAUAUAAAAUGUUUUCUUUAGAUUGAUUGUUUUGUUUUUUUUAGAUUUCUCUUGAGUGUCUAAUUUUUUUAACCAUAUGCAUUGUGCUCAAUAAGCCAUUGUUGGACAGACCUGGA